AUGUCAAGUACAACACAGAAAAAGAAGGCCAGCGUUAUCGCAAAGCUCAUGUUACAGCGCAACCAAGCGUAUUCCAAGUUGGUGGAGGUUACAUUUCCGAGAGCCAUUCGGCUGAGCAUCCACCCCCAUAACAACCAGGGGCCCAAGUUUGGCAUCAACUUGAUCCACCCGUCCCUGUUGUUCUCUAAUGUGGAAGAGCGACUGGAAGACGAGCGCCAUUUCCACAUCCCGACUCCUUGGCAUAAUGCUCUGCUCCGUACUUCUGAUGGCGCGUGGACAAUGCUCAAAGCAGAAGAGAUACGUUCUCUCAGGCCAAGCGACAGGAACGAGCUUCGUUUCCAGCCAAGCGAACCUUCUCGCGGACUCGGCGGGUUCUUCUACUUUGUGGCGCCGAACCAGUGA